AUGCAUGAAGGGAUGAAUGAAAAUAAUAAUUGAAAGAGGGCCAGGGAACCAGGAGAACAAUAUGAUUUCAUGGGGUACAAGAGGGAAAUCAGCUUAAAGGGGGAGCAAGGGAAUAAUUAAGUGUAAGGUGGGGGUGCAAGAAAAAAAAAUCAGCAUGAAUCAGCAUGAAAUGUGAGGGGAAAAUUGAAUAUAGGACAUAGGAGAGACUAUAACAGAAUUGAGUGCUGGGGACGCGAAUGAGUGAAUACAGAAGGUUCGGAAGAGAAUUGAAGAGGAUGCCAGGAAUAAUAGUUGGAUUUGGCAGAGUGCAGGAUGAUACACAAGAAGCGAGUGUAGUAACGGUGGAAGGGGGAGCGGGAGUGCACGUGCAUGCCUGAAAAUGGGGUCUAUGGUGAGGGUUCGGUAAGCAAGGAGAAUGAUGACUGGAUUGAAUGGGUACAGGAUCCAUGCCAAGAGUUUCUUGGGAAGGGGCUAUGUGUGAGUGAGGCUUUCUGGGAAGGAGGCAACGUGAGCAAGGAGGUCGCAGUGAAGGUUGGUGAAAACCAUGGGAGGAGAAGGGGAGGGAAGGCAAUCUGAUUCCAGUGGUGAGAAGGAUGGAGAAGCAUUCAGCCGCCUCAGAUAGGGUUUUCCAAGCGCAGAGGAAGUACGUUGGGGGUAGGGGAUCAUGUGGCCAUUCUGACCUCCGCUCCUGACCCUGGAACCAUGGAUCCCAAAGAAAUACCUGCUGCACCCUGCUGCCCCUCUGACUCUGAAUGCACCACAGGGUGUGAGACUGGAGCACCAUGGGGGACUGAACUUGGCCCCAGAAGAGUUACAGAUUGCUGUGACCUCUACCACAACCACAGCAUCACUGCCCAAAUCAGUGGCCACAAGCAUUUCUGCCUCUUCCAGGCCUGCGAGUGUCACAAUUGUGCCCUCUUCUCAUGAGUAUGGUGUCUGAGACAGGGAGGGGUCAGGCAUCCUCUAAAUGGAACUAACCUUUGCCCUGAAAUCCUUUACUUCAGAGAACGCCUCAGGGUCUUGCCUGCUGUGAGUGCCUUGAAGAGGGAGCAGCGGGUACAGCCAAAGAGACACCUGGCUCAAGGACUGAGAAGGAGUAUGGCUGCCCCUCCCAAAGCUCCCAUCCGUGUCAGGAAUUUAACCAUCAGAGCAGGAGUUCUCACUGGGAAGGAGAACAACAUGCUGCAGUCCGAGACCCACAUCUUCACAGCCCCGGAGGAGGGGAGCUCCCAAGGGGCUCUGCUGCUUGGCCAGGCCCCAGAAACUUUGUCUCUGCCCUGUACUCCAGUGACCUUGGAGCAGCAACUGCUUUCUCCUUCUGGGGAUCCUCACAGGGCCCCUGCCCUGCCCAGCAUAUGCUCAACUCUGAUCCUCCAGCCCUGUGCCACCCUUGACCCUCUUCUACUGCAGCCACAGGUCCCCAAAGUCUCUGACCAGGCUUUGGUUUCUGCCCACUCAGAGUGGCAGCGGAAGCUGGAGGCUGCUGAGGCUCUGCUGACUCUGAGAAACUCUGCCCAGGCCCCUCCUGACUCCAUCUCCCUGCACCAGCCCUGCAACCCACCAGCUCCUGCUGGAGAUAAAGGAUUCCAGCCUCCCAGCCCCUCUCUCCGCCCCAGGCCAGCCAGCUCCAUCUCGCUGCCUAUUGGACAUCUGGGAUGCAUCUCCCUCUUGAGCUAGGAACCCAGAGGAGGAGGCCUCAAUAGAGCACUGCCUAUUUGGUAUACAGUUUCUGAAUGUGCAAAAUGGUUAAUGUCCAAAUCGCUUAACAUCUUUUUUUAGAGCCUUCAGGUGUUUUAUAAGCUUUUUAUUAUAUGGGGCGAUUCCUUUGUUGAGGGUGGAUAUCCUUGCACUUCUAUCCCUUACUCUUUUGGAUGCUGGGCCCUUUCUCUGUCUCACAAGGACAGGAUUGUGCAAUCUAAGUUGACCAGUCUCUCAGUGGGGUUCUGUGUGAGUUCAUAUGCCAGAGUUUUUAUUCGUCUUGUGAUUGCUGACAUACCUGUGCACUUAUGUGAGUACCCAUGCAUGUGGAAACAUGAAGAUGUUUUCACUUUGUGUCUAGGUUUAUGUACGUGAACAAAUAAUAAACCCUUGUUGUUAUAAGGCA